ACGCGUUUGAAAAAAAAACAGUGCUGUCAGUUCGCAGACGCCAAAAAAAUCGACACACAUUUUCUGUUUGUUGGCCGGUAGACGGUCUUGUUGUUUCGUGACUUUGUAAAAACCUUUAAAAUGAGAAUAAGCGUUGACGGAUUGCUGGUGUACUUCCCGUACGAGUACAUCUACCCGGAACAGUACGCCUACAUGUUGGAACUAAAAAGGACCUUCGAUGCCAAGGGUCACUGCCUGCUGGAAAUGCCUUCGGGUACGGGCAAAACCACAACCCUUCUGUCGUUGAUUAUAGCUUACAUUAUGGAAUACCCACACAUGGUACGGAAGCUAAUCUACUGCUCUCGAACGGUACCGGAAAUCGAGAAGGUCAUAGCCGAACUGAAGCAUCUGAUGAACUACUACGAAAAGCAAACCGGAGUGAUGCCCAACAUAACCGGGUUGGUGCUGAGCUCUCGGAAAAACAUGUGCAUUCAUUCGGAGGUUAGCAAGGAGCGUGAUGGAAAAAUUGUCGACGCUAAAUGCUACGGCAUGACAGCUAGCCAUGUGAGGGACCGUGCCGCUACGGAUGAUUCGAUUGGGGUCUGCCAAUACUACGAGGGCUUCCAGGCCGAAGGCAAGGAAAGCACCCUGCCCCCGGGUGUAUACUCGAUCGAUGAUCUAAGAGAUUUCGGGCGGGAAAGGAAUUGGUGUCCGUACUUUUUGUCACGAUUUGCGAUCAAUCAAGCGCAAGUGGUCGUCUACAGUUACUAUUAUCUGAUGGAUCCCAAAAUUGCGGAAGUCGUUUCUAAAGAGCUGGCUCGAGAAUCGGUCGUCGUUUGCGAUGAAGCACAUAACAUCGACAACGUUUGCGUGGAUUCUAUGAGCGUAAAAAUUAAUCGGAGGCUUAUCGAAAAAAGUACCACUGGAUUGCAUACUCUUGAAAAAUAUGUAGCUGAGAUGAAGGAGGACGAUCGAAAAAGAUUGAACGACGAAUACGUUCGACUAGUCCAGGGUCUCAAAGAUGCUCAGUUCUCCCGGGAAACUGAUAUGGUUUUGGCGAAUCCGGCUCUUCCUUCAGAUGUGCUUAAAGAAGUCGUACCCGGUAAUAUCCGGAAUGCCGAUCACUUCCUAAGCUUCCUCAAAAGAUUCAUCGAAUACAUUAAAUCCCGGCUGCGAGUUCAGCAUGUCGUACAGGAAAGCCCAGCUGGUUUCCUAAAAGACAUUCAACAGAAAGUCUGCAUCGAACGGAAGCCACUUAGAUUUUGUGCCGAUAGACUGUCGUCUCUUCUGCGCACGUUAGAAAUCACAGAUCUGACAGAAUUUGGAUCCCUAACAGUAAUAACAUCAUUCGCAACCCUAGUUUCAACCUACACAAAGGGGUUCACAAUCAUCAUCGAACCGUUUGACGAUAAAACGCCAACCGUGUCCAAUCCCAUUCUGCACCUUACCUGUUUGGAUUCAUCCAUAGCAAUGAAGCCAAUUUUUACCCGGUUCCAGAGUGUGGUCAUCACUUCCGGUACCCUUUCCCCGAUGGAUAUGUACCCGAAGAUUCUGGACUUCGAACCGGUGGUGAUGAGUUCCUUUACGAUGACCCUGGCUCGACCGUGUCUGCUGCCGAUGAUCGUCUCCCGCGGUAACGAUCAGGUCGCCAUUUCUUCCAAAUUUGAAUCCCGCGAAGACACAGCAGUAACCCGUAACUAUGGCCAACUGCUUGUGGAAACCGCUAAAACCGUCCCAGAUGGCGUGGUUUGUUUCUUCACCUCCUACCUGUACCUCGAAUCGGUGGUAGCUUCCUGGUACGACCAGGGCAUCAUUGACACGCUGCUUCGGUACAAGCUACUGUUCAUCGAAACCCAGGACAGCGCCGAAACCAGCUACGCCCUCAUGAACUACGUCAAGGCGUGCGAAUGUGGGCGGGGUGCCGUUUUGCUGGCCGUAGCUCGGGGUCGCGUUUCCGAGGGUGUAGAUUUUGAUCACCAUCUGGGACGAGCAGUGCUGAUGUUCGGAAUUCCCUACGUUUACACCCAGUCCCGGAUAUUGAAGGCCCGGCUGGACUAUCUGCGGGACCAAUUCCAGAUCAGGGAGAAUGAUUUCUUGACAUUCGAUGCUCUGAGACACGCGGCUCAGUGCGUUGGGCGAGCUAUUCGAGGUAAAACUGACUACGGUAUUAUGAUCUUCGCGGAUAAGCGAUUUAGUAGACAGGAUAAGCGGGGUAAGCUGCCGAAGUGGAUCCAAGAGCAUCUAACAGAUAACUACACCAAUCUGAGUACCGAGGAAGCGAUGCAACUGGCAAAGCGUUGGCUUCGUCAAAUGGCUCAACCAUUUACCCGGGAAGAUCAACUGGGAGUAUCGCUGCUUACUCUCGAGCAACUGCAAACCAUGGAAAAGGAAAAACUGGAGAAGCAAGCUCAAGGUAAAAAUUAACUCUUAUUUUCUUUUUUCUGUCCGUUUCGAAGAAAAAAUACAUUGUUGUAUUGAAACAAUGCCAUAAA